AUGAUAUUCAGAGGCCUCACGAUAGCUGGCGCCACGCCCACACUGCGCCGUGAAGUUCGGCACCUGAUAAACCUUCUGCUUACCCUCGAGCACGCUCCUUACGACACACGACUCAACCUAGAGUUUGUCUCUCUCGCCUACAUGCGUCAAAUCAACUGCAAGUACAAGGAGUCAGAUCGGCCUACUGAUGUACUAACCUUCACCUCGGUAGGAAAGGCGGACCGCUUCGUGAAUCAUCUUCUCUUUAGCGAUCCCUUGGAAGGGGGCGAUGAUGACGAGGGUACACACGCCGCGCUGGCCACCUCACGUGAAUGCGGCGUGGCAGUAGCGGCGGGGCCGACUGUCCUGAAGAAGUCCGCCAUCCGAGCUGAGCUGGUCGACCUUGGCGAUAUUUUUGUUUCGCUCGAUUAUAUGCGUCUGCGAUGCCGUCGCUACCCCUCCACCACUCUUCCCCUGGCACCCUACCUCCACGCAGCGCUCGUACACGCCACCCUACAUGCGCUGGGCUACGACCACAAGAAUCCCGAACUCCUUCAACACAUGGCACGGAGGGAACAGCAGCUCGGUCGACAGCUGGCGAUGAUCGCACGCCAGCACCCCAGGUGCCUUCCACCGCUUAAUAUGUGGGAUUCGAUGUAA